AUGGUCAUACUACCAUCGAAUGAAAUCGAUCAUAGUCAAAAAUACUCAGAGCAGAAAGUAUCUUCUCAAGCUAGUGUUUCUGAGGUUUCUUCCACUCCACUAUUAUCUCCAUCACCAACGUUAUCAAACGAUGAUACUAUUAAUAUUCUUCUUCUUGGUGAAACAGGAGUGCGUAAAUCAACUUUUAUCAAUGCUUUUGCUAACUAUAUCAUAUUUAAUUCAUUUGAACAAACAGAAUCAAGUGAACCGAUUGUAAUCAUUCCUGUCUCAUUUAUCAUGACAAUUGGUGAUAAUUUCGAAGAAUGUAUAGUCAAAUUUGGUGAAGUCGAUAAUUUUAACAAUGAAAAUUUCAACACUAUUGGUCAAUCUGUAACACAACAUUGUAAAUCUUAUGUAUUUGCUCUUAAUAAUGGUAAUGAAAGAAAAGUGAGAAUUAUUGAUACACCUGGUUUUGGUGAUACACGAGGUCUUGAUCAGGAUGAUCGAAAUAUGGAACAUACUUUACAAUAUAUCAAUAAUCUUNUCUUUCGACAAUGA